AUGUCACAGGCUGUUGAUGCGAGCAUCAAAGUCUUUCUUCUCGGGGAUAGUGGAGUGGGGAAAUCCUCGCUUAUGCUUUCCUUUGCAUCGGGAACAUUUGACCCGGAUAUCAGUUCAACAAUUGGGAUUGAUUUUAAAGUUAAAAACGUGGAAGUUAUGGAUGCAAAUGGGGUAAAGAGAAAUGUUAAUAUUCAUCUUUGGGAUACUGCUGGUCAGGAGCGAUUUCGCACCUUGACGAGUUCUUACUACCGCGGUGCCAAUGCCGUCGUGCUUGUGUAUGACGUGAACGAGCCACAGACAUUUCACGGUCUUCAACGGUGGAUGGAGGAGGCAGAUGUCUUUUGUCGAAAUGAUGACGAGGAUGAUGCGGUAUAUUUGCUCAUUGGAAACAAAAUUGACAAAUGCAUUGGAGGAAGCUCCGAGGGGGAAGGAGUGCCGUUCAUGUCGGUACCGAAGGAACAGGCGCAGCAGCUUGCACAGAGGCGCCGUAUGCUUCUUGCCUUUACAUCCGCAAAGACACGUGCGGGCGUUGAACAGGCAUUUGACGAGCUUGCUAGGACUGUAUAUGACAAGAUACGAGUGAAAGGCAGUGAAUACUCUUCCGGGAUAAAUUUCAACAAACCAGCCAGUGAACCAAAAAGUAGUUCCUGCUGCUAG